AUGGAGCCACCAGAAGAAAUCCCCUCAAAAAGAGCUGAAUUAUCCUCAGAAGACGAGUCAAAACCUGCAAAAAAGCCUAAACUUCUCCCAGUUUAUUUAAGCACUCUUCCAUCGUCUCCUUUAUACGAAAAAAGCUACAUGCACAAAGCUUACGUAACACUAAUUGCUAUUUCUACCUCUUCCGAAUUCAUAGCGACAGGCAGUGCUGAUGGCUUUGUAAAUCUUUGAAAAAAACAGUGGCAAGGUAUAGAAUUUGUUAAAAAAAUCCAAGCCCAUAAAUCUGAAAUUUCCUGCUUACUCCCCCCCCCCCCUCCGUGAGCGAACAAAAAAAUUUUGUUCGCUCACGGAGGGGGGUUAAUUUUUUUUUUUAAAAAAAAUUUAUAUAUAAAUUUUAUAAAAAAUAUUUUUUUCGAAAUUUAAAAAAAUCCUAAUUUGCAAAAAUUGGGAAGCAAAUAUUAAUUUAAUUUGCAAAAUUUAUGUUUUAAAACGCAAUUUGUUUAAAAUUAAACAGAAUUAGCUCUAGAUUUCAUUAUACUAAUUAUCACUUAUAUAUCAAAAUUUUUUUCCAUUAAAAUUUUUUCUAUUAAAAAAAUUUUUGUUCACUCACGGAGGGUGGGUUUUUGGUCAAAAAAAAUGGCGAUUUUUCUAAUGGUUUUGUUCGCUCACGGAGGGGGGGGGGAGUUAGCAAUGUCUCAUGAUGGAUUAAGACUGAUAAGUUCUGGAAAAGGUGAUAACACAAUAAAGGUAUUUGACGUGAUGGGAUUUGAUAUGAUAGACAUAAUUCGCCUUGAUUUUUGUCCAACAAUUAUUGAAUUUGUGAAUAUAUUUAUUAUAUUUAAUUUCAAUAUAAAUUAAAUAGAAUUUUUAAUUAUUUUUUUUAAAUUAAAUUCAAAUAAGUUUAUUAUACAGCAAAUUCCCCAUGCCCUUUAAUAGCAUUAGGAGGAAAUGAUAAAAUACAAAUAUCGAAAAUUGGUCAGGAAUCAAAUUCAAUUAAAACAAUGUCAAUGCAUAAUGGGAAUAUCAAGGCUAUUAAAUUCAAUCAUUCAUAUUCUACUGUAAUUUCUAUAGACGAUAUAGGCUUUAUUGAAUAUUGAGAUGUGGAAACUGGGGAAACUCCUGAGGACAUUGCUUUUGGAUUUAAAUUUAAAACACAGACUGAUCUAUUUGAGCUUGCAAAGCUUCAAACCUAUGGGAUUUCCCUCACAAUUUCUCCUAAUGGCAAGCAAUUCGCAAUCUGGUGCAAAGAUCGUGCGAUUAGACUUUUUGAUUUUUUGUCUGGAAAUCUCAUAGCUACUUUUGAUGAAAAAAUCGAAAAAUACCAAGAAAUCCAAGCGACCCCAAAUUCCCCUUUGAGGCUUGAAAGAUUGGAAUUCCACAAAAGAAUGGCAAUAGAAAGAGAUAUAGAUAAAGACCCUUCUAUAAUUUCCAACUGCCUUUCCUUUGACGAAAGUAAUGAAGUUUUGCUAUAUUCUACCUAUAUUGGAAUAAAAUUUAUUUUAAUUUCUGAUGGUAGCUUGUUAAAAGUCCUUGGGAAAGAAGAAUCAGAAAGGUUUACUAAUAUUGCGCUAUAUCAAGGAAAACCUAUAAGAAAUAUGUCAGGAAAAGCAGGGGCAGGAGGCUCCACUUCUCAAGGAGAAAAAGAAAUUGACCCUUUAGUUAUAUGCAGCGCUUAUAAAACAAACAGAUUUUAUUUAUUUUCGAAAAGAGAGCCUACUGAUGUAGAAACUGAAAAAAAUCAGCUCGGAAGAAUAAGAGAUAUUGUGAAUGAACAAAUAGAAGAAGAGCAGAAAAAAGCAAUGGUUUUGCCGAAAUCAAGCAUCGAGCUGCCACAUUCUGCUGUAAUUCAUACUACAGUUGGGGAUAUUUAUAUUAAAUUAUUUCCUGAAGAGUGUCCAAAAACAGUUGAAAAUUUUGCUGUCCAUUCUAAAAAUGGCUAUUACAACCAAUUGACUUUUCAUAGAGUUCUUAUUCCACCAUCCUUUAUCGAGCGCACUAUUGAAAUUUCCUUAAACAGGUAAAUUAAUCGGUAUCAUUAAUCAAAUGAUUUUCAUAUGAUCAAGCUUGAAACCUAUAUUUGAUAGUAAUGAAUUUUAGAGAUUAUACCAUAUAAUUGAUUCUGCGCAAUUCUAAUGCGCUUUUAGCAUAUUUGCUAAUAUAUUUAAUACUGUAUCUACUGUGGCUAGCUUAUAAAAUACAGACUGUUGGGUCUUUUUGAUCGCCAGUAAACUGGUCUACUGGCCGCGACAAAUCAUCUAUUCUGAAUAAGAAAUAGAUGACUGGUCGCGGCCAUUAGAUCAGUUUAUUUGUGUUUAAAAAUCCCAACGGCCUAUAUCUUAUUUCUAAAAAAAAAUUAUAAAUUUUUUUUUAUUUUUUAAGAUUUUUAAAUCUCUCCUAUAGCGAUUGGCUCAAUUAACGAUAGGGAGUUAAAGGAUUUAUGAUACAAACUGGUGAUCCUAAAGGAGACGGGUCUGGAGGAGAGUCUAUUUGGGGAGAAGAAUUUGAAGACGAAAUAAAUGAAAAUUUGAAACACGACAGACCUUUUACUGUGUCUAUGGCAAAUAGAGGGCCAAAUACUAAUGGUUCGCAGUUUUUUAUUACAACUGUUCCUGCUUCUUGGCUGAAUGGAAGACAUACUCUAUUUGGAAGAGUCUAUAAAGGGAUGGACGUAGUUUUAACAAUAGAAGGAGUGCCUUGUGAUAAAAAUAAAAUUCCUCUAGCAGAUAUCAGAAUAACCCAAAUUGACUUAAAUACUUAA